GAGAUCAGCUCAUCACAGCGAGGCUGUGCUUCACGAGGAACGCUGAAAACUUCACUACAGAAACUGACUUUAUUUACAGGAUUUCUGCUCGACACGACAACUUUGCAGCAUGUAGUGUCCUUUCACCAGUUUAACAGAGUCCUACCCUUAGUCCAACAGGUCAGCUGAAGAGGAAUUCAUUACAAAGUAACAAGACUUGAGAGAUCAACAGCGGGAGACACCAUUACCAUUGCUAUUGGACACUGAAUAGUGCACAAGUUUCAACAUGUUUGGUCAGCAGAAGACUCCCUUUGGGGGAACCACUGGUUUCGGCACAACUACAAAACCUUUUGGUGCUGCUAAAACUGCAGGCACAGGUGCUUUUGGCACCAGUAGCUUCGGGGCCACCCAGACCCCUGCCACCGGAGGGCUGUUUGGCGGCACAGCGACGAACACCGGGACGGGGCUCUUCGGAGGCACCAGCUUCGGCACACCGUCCACGUCAACGUCCACCUUUGGAGGGUUUGGCACGAGCACCACGCAGACGGGAGGGGGGCUGUUUGGUACCUCCACAAGUACAGCAGGGACAGGACUGUUCGCGACGCCACAGCAGCAGACGGCACCGUUUGGGGCUGCGAACAAGACAGGAUUUGGAGGGUUUGGAACCCAGACGUCCACAGCUGCCACAGGUACAGGGUUGUUUGGAGCCACCCAGCAGACACCAAGUCUAUUUGGAGGGGGACAGACCACCAGUACAGGGCUGUUUGGUGCAGUUGGAGGCAUUGCAGCUGGAACAAAUGGGACAACUGUGAAGUUCAAUCCUGUGUCUGGUAGUGACACCAUGAUGAAGAAUGGAGUCUCCCAGAACAUUCGUACAGCUCACCAGUGUAUCACCGCCAUGAAGGAGUACGAGACCAAGAGCUUGGAGGAACUCCGUGUUGAGGACUACCUGGCCAAUCGUAAGGGCGGCUCGACUGGGACAACUGCGAUGUUUGGAGGGACAGCGACUCCACAGACGGGAGGCGGCCUGUUCGGCAACACCGCCACCACCACCAGUACCACUGGCUUUACCUUUGGCAAAGCUGCCUUCGGUACAGGUCAGACUCAAGCUAAAGGUGCUACAGGGUUUGGUACCACCUCAACAGGCACUGGCCUCUUUGGACAGACCCAGACAACCCAGGCUGGGGGCCUUUUUGCCAGCCCUUUUGGAGGCACUGCCACCACUACAACGGCCAGCACAGGCUUCAGCUUUGGGCAGACCAACACCGGGACUGGGCUGUUUGGGCAGACUCAGCAGAAGACUGGGCUUUUUGGUCAGCCCACCACCCAGACCACCGGACUGUUUGGUACACCCAGCACAACCACUACAACUGGCUUUGGCACCACAUUCGGCACAGGAACAUUCGGCACACAGAACCAGGCUGGUGGCUUAUUUGGAGCUAACAAGGCUCCUACCUUUGGAGCAACCACAACAACAAGUACAGCAGGAGGGCUCUUCGGUAACACUGCUACCAACACUGGUGGGCUCUUUGGUCAAAACAAACCUGGCCUGACUUUAGGUCUGGGAACAGGAUUUGGUACUGGAGCCUUUGGCACUACCACCACUUCCACAGGCACCUCCCUGUUUGGCCCGAAGCCCACCAACACGUUUGGGGCUGGCCUUGGUACUGGCCUGGGUGCCGGGCUAGGGACCCUGGGGACAGGUUCAAUCUUUGGAAAUACUGGUUUGGGUGCUGGAAUUGGCACUGGAACGACUGGACUAAACCUCACACAACCAGCAGCUGCACUGGGUACUGAUGCUGCAGCACAGCUUGCCCAGCAGGCCCAGAUCCAGCAGCAGCUGCAGGCUCUGUCCAACUCACCCUUUGGGGAUUCACCUCUCUUCAGAAACAAUGUUGCUGACCCAGCCAAGCGAGCCGAGCUGCUGAAGCCCACCAGUCUGGCUGCACAGAAGGCCCUGACCACGCCCUCGCACUACAAGAUCUCUCCACGUCCAACGGCCAAGAUCAAGCCCAAACCGCUACAUUCACUGGUGGCAGGAAAGUCUCAACUGUUUGAAGGCCUUGAUGACGAGGACACGUCCCUCAGCAACGACACAUUUGUGCCCAGAAGGAGUGUGAAGAAACUCAUCAUCAAGAACAAGGCAUCUCCUACUGCAAGUGAACUUGAUGCAGGGCUUGGAGAGGAGGAUGACUUACUCGCCCCUCCUGCCUACCCUUCUGACACAUUCCUAGUGGAGGACAAAAGAACAAGUGAGAGUGAGAAGGAGAAUGACCCUAUGGAGAACCUUUACUCCAACCCUGUCAGGAAACCCAUCCCUGAAACACCUGCAAACAAGUCCUCCCCUGCUCCCGAUGACAGCAUCAUAGCUCUGAACCUGCGACAGAGGAGCUGCAGUCCCGGCCAGGACAGCAUGGGGGAGCCGACAAACGAUGACCAGGGGGAGGUCGAGGAUGAGGUGGAGAGAGAACCACACCCUGCUGGCAUUAUCCUGACCAAGAAUGAGUACUACACCGAGCCGUCCUUGGAUGAGCUGGCCAACAUGGUGGAUGAGAAUGGGGACUGCUGGGUGGAGAACUUUGUCAUCGGGAGAGAAGGCUACGGCUCCGUCUUCUUCCCUGGGCUCACCAACGUCGCCAACCUCAACCUGGAUGAAACUGUGCACAUCAGAAGGAAGGAGAUCACCGUGUACCCAGAUGACUCCACUAAGCCCCCAGAGGGAGACGGCCUGAACAAGAAGGCAGAGGUCACCCUGCACUGUACCUGGCCCAUGGACAAGACAGCUCACAUUCCCAUCAAGAGUCCGGAUCGCCUGAAGAAGAUGGGUUACCAGGAGAAGAUCGAGGUGGCCACAUCUAAGAUUGGAGCAAGGUUCCUGGAGUACAGACCUGACACAGGGUCCUGGGUUUUCCAGGUGCCUCACUUCUCCAAGUACGGCCUGGAUGACAGUGAAGACGAGGAAGAGCUGGUUGGUCAGGAACAGAAGAAAAUGAAGAUGCAGCAACAAGCAGAUCUUCAGAAACAGCAGCAGCAGAAAGAGAAUCAGCCUCCCAGUUUGAAUAAGCAGCAACCAAUCACAGAGAGGGUGAAGUCUGAGCAGCCAAUCAUGGAGCAGAUGCAGGAUGACAGUGACAUGGCUGACAUCAGCCAGGAGCCAAUCCCUGACCUGGCACCUAACAGCUCUGGUGACCAGGACGGUCUGGAGGGCCUGUCUGAGGAGGAAGUUGUGCCGUCCUCCCACCGCCUGGCCACCCACCUGGGGAUGAGCGCUCACCGCAUGCAGGUCAUGAAGGCUUCCUUCUUCGGGGAUGAGGAGGAAGGGGAGGGCAUGGAUUACAAACCAGUGUUUGGAGGCAUGAGUGGGAGAAGUUCCCUCCGUGGAUCAGCCCCUCCAUCUGGGUCUGCCUCCCCCCUUCCUCACAGGAUGGCAGAGGCCAAAAUGGACAGAGGGUCCUUCCUUGCACACACAGCCAGACUCGGGUCCUUAGCAAGCCCAGUACGCGGUCUCGGUGGAAUGUCCCCCUCACACAGCCCCAGAACUCGUAUUCCAAGCGGAGGAUUCUCCCCCAAAUACUCCCCAAAGGUGGAACAGUCCGGGCUCUUCCCCUCAUUGUCCAAACCUGCGCAGUAUCCCGUGUUCGAACGGAACCAGGGACUCCUCCUUCCGAGCGGACUUUCCUCGGAAAUAGAGCGACCUCGAAAGAUCGUUGGGAGCCAGCGUCAGCCGAUGCUGCUGCCGUGGAAGCAGACGGUGACCAAUGAGAAGCAGAGCUUGGUCGCAGACGCUGCGCUCAUGAUGGGCCGGUCGUUCAAAGUUGGGUGGGGACCGAACUGGACACUUGUGAGAUGUGCAGGGGCUGACAGAGAAGAGGCACCAGAAAGAAAAAAGGAGACCAGCAUCCCCUUCUCCAUCCUACCCAAGUCCACCCCCCGUCUGGCCAAACUUGGUACGUCCUCACCCUUCAGUGUUGUCAUGGAGAGGGUGGACGUGGCACCUCACUUUGUGGUGCAGGACAAGGUCACAGUGGCGAACCACGUGUCUCACCUGGAAGUUGAGCUGGAGACCAGCCUGUGCUCGACAGAAGACCACCCCUGCCCAGUGUUCGUCCCCACCCCGGGGGUCAACGCCCUGCACCAGCACGCCGAUGUGGCGUGCAGGAACAGGGAGAACACCGGUGUGAGACACCCUGAGAGGGAGUCAGCUGACCAUGCUAGCCUGGUGCUGAGUCUGUGUGUGGCUCUGUGGGGAGACCUGCCAGACCAGGACAGGGAAGAUGGGGAGGAUGGCCUUGACAUGACCAGCUAUGCAUACCACAUGGCCAGAAGAGAGGCAGUCUCCCAUUGGCUGAUGAACCAGGCUCAGGACACCAUAGAACAGGAAGUACAAGACUCAAAAUUCAAGGAGGGUGGGCACACAGAUGCCAUCUUCAGUCUUCUGAGUGGGCGCCAGAUCAGCCAGGCUUGCUCAUUGGCUCAACAGUCAGGUGACCACAGACUAGCCCUGCUAUUGGCACAGGCCAGUGGUAGCCAUUUUCCCAGGGAACUUGUAGGGAAGCAGCUCAGUGAUUGGGAAGAACUAAAGGCUGACAGAUUCAUCAGUGACUCCAGACUGAGAGUGUAUGCCCUGCUAGCGGGGAAGCCUGUGUGGCCGACCACAAAUGGUGAAAUCAACACCUGUGAAAACCUGGACUGGAAACGAGCCCUGGCUGUACACUUGUGGUACUUGUGCACACCUUCAGCCACUGUAUCUGAAGCUCUUCAACUGUACUGUAAGGCCUUUACGAAGAAUAACUCUGACUAUGGGGAGUACGCGAACCCUCCCCUUCCCCCAUACCUGGAGCGGAGUGCGGACAGAUCAGGUGACCAGGAGGACCGGUACGUGAUCAGGGACAUGUGUUACCACCUGCUGCAGCUGUACGCUGACCGGUCCCACCAGCUGGACAGACUGCUGGCUCCCACGACGUCCACACCUAACCAACUGGACUACAGACUGAGCUGGCUGGUGUGCCAGGCGCUGCAGGCGCUGGAUUAUACGCACCUGUCUGAACACCACCUGAACACCAUCCACGCCGGCUACAUCGCCCAGCUGGAGUCACUGGGCCUGUGGGAGUGGGCCGUGUUUGUGGCACUGCACAUAACUGAUAACAGCAGGAGAGAACUUGUAACUAAAGAGCUGCUGUGCAGACACUGUAGUCUGUCAGAAGAGGAGGCAUAUGUACAGAAAGAAGAGUUUCUGCAGGAGAAACUAAGAGUGCCAGUUGUAUGGAUACAUGAAGCAAAGGCUCUGAGGGCGCAGUAUGAAGGCAAGUCCCACGAUGAGGCCUGGCACCUGCUGAAGGCUGGGAAGUGGAACGCCAGUCACAGGAUCGUACUGAAACACCUGGCUGCAGAUGCUAUCAUCAAUGAAGAUUACGAGUAUCUGAAGGAGUUCCUAGAGGAGCUGUCUCCCCCUGACAGGUCCUCUACCAUCCAGGACUGGAACUUUGGAGGGAGGGUGUUCCUCGACUACAUUCUCAUCAAUAAUGCUUUGGUAGAAAUGGCAAAGGGGAAUUCCAGCAGCUAUGACCUGGAGAGGCUCCAUCCACAGGUGACAUCCCUGUGCAGUAGGAUUGAGAACAUCCCCUGCCUCACACCUAAAGACAGAUUAUGCCAGUCUGAAAUGGCCAAGAAAGCAGCCAGCUUCCUUAGACUAGUGUUGGAAGGACAGAACAAACCUCCCACAGUGGACGGAGAAUACCUGGUGCCAUCCUACCAGUUAGCCCCACACAUCACCAAACUACCCAUGCCAGAGGACUAUGCCUUACAGGAGCUCAGAGCACUCACACACAGCUACAUGAUGGAACUAACUACAUAGCUGCUACACUCCGCUAGGACCUAUUACAUUUAUUCUUUACAAGAAUUAUUGAGAAAUACAAGAAUAUAAGUUGCCAAUAUUUCAUGUUACUUUAGAGGAGUAUAUCUAGCAUUGAUAAAUUCAACCGAAACUGCAAAACUGUAACUGUAAGUGAAAAAUGUAUCCAGCUUAUUUUUGUAGUCUGUGCUUUAUUGUUGCUCUGAUGAUGUGUACAUUGUAUGUAAUUGAUGAAUAAAACCAAGGCUGAUGAUAAAGGCUCAUAUUGUGUCAAAGACUGUGAGACGGCUACUUAUGUAAAGCAACCUUGUCUUUAGAAAGUAAAGAAAUAUAGUCGAUAAAGGUUAGACAUCCAAGUAAUAAGAUAUGCAAGACAACAAUUACUCUAGCCACUGGAUAGAUUGUUUAAAUGGUCAGACUUUUCAGGGUAGCAAGCACUACCUUUCAUGUCAUUGAUGAAAGGUAGAAGUCAAUGCUACCCUAAACAUCUAAUAGUUUCCAAAAUCUUGGAAAUCUCAGUCUCAUUCUGUACUUCAAGCAACAGUCAAGGUGCCAUUCUGUCUAAUGAUCAGCUGCUUCCUCAGCUUUAUGUCUUGUAUGAUCAUGACAUCAACACUUGUAAACUAAGAUAGAUUUUAUAUCCCGCCAUUGAAAGUCUUUUCAAUCAUGUCAGGAUAAAGAAUGUGUAUAAAUACUUAAACUAACAUUCAUUACUUAGUUUAUGUUUAAUCAAAUUGGAUGUCAGAUAUGAAUGGUAUAGUGCAGUUAAAAUAUAAGUUACUUAUGACCAAUAUUGAGAAUAAAAGUUAAAGCAUUGCCAAGGAAUUAUUCACAGGUACAUCAAGGAGCAAUAUGUAGAUUUUUGUUUAUGUCGGUAGUUUCUUUACACCUUAGCUCAAUGCAUCGAAAACAUGCAUCAUUAUUUUGACACAUGGCACUGUUUCAUAGCCUGUUUUAAAUGAUAAUGUAAAUGUCUGAGCUAGAACUGGCUUUUCUUGUGCUAAGAGUAUAGUACUAACCAUUAAGGUUUCUAAAAAAUGCAACAUGUGUACAUGUUAGAUGUCUGAAUAUCUGCCUUUGGACAAGUGGCUUCAGAAUUAUCUUUUGAGAAACAAGUCGGGAUUGAUGCAUAAUGUAUGUAUAUGGAUUAGAAAUAAAGUUCACAAUCGACA